CUGUAUUUUGAUUUUAUUACCUUCCAUAAUUUUAACAACAACGCAAAUAUAUUUGUCAGAGAAUAAAUGCAGUUGCAUUUCAUAUUUUCCACAAAUUUAAGAUAAUGUGAAUUUUUGACCUUUGGUUGCAGCUACAAUUGUGAAAUUUCUGCACCAUAUAACACAUCUCCGAAGACGAUCUAAACGUGGAACUGUCGUAAGAAGAGUCAAGCUUGUGUUGAAGUUGGAAACUUUGUCACUAUAGCAGUAUUGACACCCGAACAAAAUGCCUAUUCUAUACAGCGUAAUAUCUCGGGGCAGCACAGUGCUAGCCAAAUAUGCGGAGUGUGUGGGAAACUUUGCCGAGGUCACCGAACAGAUAAUCUCUAAAAUCGCAACGGAGAAUCACAAGUUGACAUAUUCGCAUGGCGAAUAUUUAAUACAUUAUAUAUGUGAAAAUCGCAUAAUCUAUAUGUGCAUCACAGACAACGAAUUUGAUCGUACACGAGCCUUUUUAUUUCUGGCUGACAUUAAACAGAAGUUUAUACAUACUUAUGGACUACAAGUGGCGACAGCUAUUGCCUAUGCAAUGAAUACGGAGUUUUCGAAGGUACUGGCAGAACAAAUGACACAUUUCAGUCAAUCGCGGGAGGUGGAUAUGAUUUCGCGAGUCCAUGGUCAAAUCGACGAAUUAAAAGACAUAAUGGUGAAAAAUAUAGAUAGUCUUCGUGAUCGAGGUGAAAGAUUGGAAUUGCUUGUGAAUAAAACAGAAAAUCUUAGUAAUAAUUCUGUUGCAUUCCGUAAAGCAUCUCGUAAUUUGGCACGACAAAUGUUCUGGAAAAAGGUUCGCAUCUAUGUAGUGGUAGUGUUAAUAAUAAUAUUUGUAAUCUAUGUGAUUAUAAGUAUGUUCUGCGGUGGUCUGGCAUGGCAGAGUUGUAUUGCAAACUGAAAAGUCUCCAAAACGUUUUCCAUGCAAAUUUAUUCUAAACACCAUACGUAUUUACAUUUUCAAUAUCACAUAUUUAUAUUAAAUUAAAAUCUUUGUUUUUACUUUAUAUAAUUUUUUCUAUCUUUGUUUAUGUAUGUGUAUGCAUACGAAUAUGUAUUUAAUAUUCCGAACAAUAAUUAUUUUUGUUAUACGUAUGAGCCAAUGCGCAAAGCUUUGUAGAUGGGUCAUUGGCUAAGUUCAGCAUAAGAAAAUAAUCACAUGUCUUGAUUUAAAAUUCACAUGAAAUAAAAUAAUAUAUAUAUUUUUUGUACAUACACAUGUAAAAGAGUAUGUAUGUGCUAAUAAAAAGUUAUAAUACAAUAUUAAAUAAAGCAGAGCUAUAAAUUUAAAUAUAAAAGUACGAAAGUAAUCGCUGGAAUUCGACAUUUUAUUAAAUAUGUAUUUACAUUUGUUGUAAAAGCAAAUGAAAUCAUGAUACCAAAUUAAACUGUUUAACGAGUUAUAAGAUAUAUAUUAAAUAUGUGUGUAAAAGACAAUAUGAAAGAUAAAUAUCAUCUCAUUUUUGUACGCCAACGUAAA